CUUUAUCUGUUGUUUACUCAGUGUUUCAAAUAUUAUAUAUUAUCCAUUUUUAUAGCUUUGCACCGUGACGUUUCACAGCCACUCCUGUCUGUUAUCGUCUCUAAGGGAUCAGAGCUUUUUUCUCCUUCCCAGACCCCUUCACCUUAGUUCACUUUUAUUUAUAGCGCAUUGCACAAGCUUCAUAUUGUAAGGUACAUAUGAGAAGGAAACCUCAAUAAUCAGCAGCACUUGGUGACAGCAGGGACUAAGAACCCCUUUUUAACAGAACAGAAGCAGUCACAGGGAGAGGCAGCCAUCUGAGAGAUCACCAACAAAAAACAGGUCAAAGCACUCUGGAGAGAGUGGGCUAAAGUUAAUGACCUGCAGUAAAGGAGUGGAGGAAAAUAUCUCAGUGCAUCAUGGGAAGUCAGCCUGAGUGUAAGGCAGCACAGCCAGGGGAUGGUUCAAGGUCAGUAAUGUUGCUGUGAAUGAGUCACUGCUAUAGUCAAGCCUAGAGAUUCGACUUUACUGUAAGUCCUCUGCUGUUGCUCUGAUCUUUCUCUUCUUAUUGGGAAAGAGAAAGAGAAACCUCCCCUCCAUCAAACAGAAGAAAUCAUCAUCUUCAUCACGUUUCCAUGUCAUUAAAUUGUAUUUAAAGGGAAGAGAAGAGAAUAAUAAUGUUCAAGUAGUGGUACUGAUUAGUGUGGUGCUAUGCUUAAGAGAUACAGUAAUGUGCAAAAUUCUUGAACCAUCCCUCGUUUCUUUAUAUGUUGCAAGGAAAAUUGGAAAUAAGUGCAGGAUUUAUUGAAACGUGCAAACAUACAUGUAAAUACAGUAUAUGGGUCAAAAACAGAGUUUGUACAAUUCUAUAGUCAAUAUUUGGUAUGUUGACCAUUAUUUUUCACAAAGUCUGAGCUUCAAAGCUCUUCUUUGGAUGUUUCUGCCUUUUGUUCUCUUCUCUGUCCACAUGAUCCCACACUGCUUCAAUAAUGUUGAGGUCCGGGCUUUGGGGAGGCCAAUCCAUGUGUCAUGAUGUGCGUGAGUAGAGGACACCUAAAUGCAGACUGAAAUUACUGGUAGGUCAAAUGAAAAACUUUAAGCAUACCUUUGAUAAACAACCGAGGAAACAGUCCAAAAGAAAAACAUGUAUGAAAAAGUGGCAAAAUCCAAGGAGUUAAGAAAAACCACAAGAGCAGGAAACCAGAUACAAAAAUAACUAAGAAUAUCAUGGGGAGGAAAACCAAACGUACUGACAAAGAAUAAGUUCAAACUGAAGCUAACAAGAAGUGACUGUCAAAAUAAAGCAGGAAGUGAGAAGAGAGAAUAAAACGGGGAAAUGCAGAUAGUUUCAUUUACAUUUCAAAAAAACAAAAAAGCCCCAACAAAGAGCUGUGAAGUGAUCUGAAAGAACAUAAAGACUAAAAUGACUUGACCAGUAGCAGCGUCUACAUCUAAACUUUUAUCCUGUCAAUCAUUUACAGCUUCGCAAUCGUGACCAGAAGCUGUAUCCAGGUUACCGGUGCACGAUGAGGAAGUGCUGCAGGGUACCUGUGAAUGAAAAAGCCUUCCUGUUCGGCAGUUUUAGUCUGGUUUUCCUUCCCUGAAGGCGACUUGGGAGGUGUUCCACGAAAGCACCACUCAGAGGGAGCUGCAGGUGCUUGUUCAGGAGGUAACCCAGGACACGAAGGAGGAGAAAACCCUGACGACUUGUGAGACGAGAACAGAAACAACAGCAAGACUGUGCUGGAGCACAGAAGAGUGAAACAUGACAGAGGUGACAUCGCCCACCUUCCACCUGUGUUCGGUCCCCUGUUGACACCUUCUGUAGGAUCAGGAAAUCCAGAGCUAUGACCUACCUGGCUCACACAGGCCACGCCCAGUUUGGUGCUCUCGGGCUGGCCUGUUUGGGAUGGAUGCUCACCGGCGUGGCUCUUGGACUGAUCCAGUGGAGGGUGUGGCAGGUAUCGGACAGGACGGUGAUCACCUCCGGUGUGGCAUGGGUCGGACUCUGGAGGGUCUGCUUCGCCAGCCACACCGUGGUGAGCGAGGGCUUCAAGGUUAUGUACUGCAGGUACAUCAUCCUCACCGAUUCCUUCACACCACCUGAGAUUGCUGCAGGUCAGGUCCUCAUGCUCCUGUCUCUGCUGGUGGGGCUUUGUGGGAACGCUAGUGGUGUUUACUCCAUGAGGAUCGUCUACUUUGGGAUAGGUAACAACUCUGCGGUCCGCCGCGGCUUCAUCCUCACGGGAGUGCUGUGCCUCCUCGCUGCUGCGAUAUCACUCGUGCCUCUCCUCUGGAAUCUGAGCGCUGUGGUGACCAAUCAGACCAUCGAGUUCCCGCCCGAGUUUAAACUCCCCCCAGCACCUGAAUCUCAGCACGUGGGAGGCGGCAUUGGUGUCGGGAUGGCAGGAUCGGUCCUGAUGAUUGUCUCUGGGAUUAUUUUCUGCACAUACCGAUUACCAGAAAGGCCUCUGAGAGAGCAGGUGCACCAGGAAAAUGACACCCGGGGGGAAGAUAACCCCACAUUUGAGCUUCAGGAACACUUAUGAGGAGUUUGUGUGUGAUAAAAUAGACAAAAAAAGGUUUUUGCACAGACUUUACACUCGUUUCUUCCUUUUUAACUCCUCGAAUGUUUACAGUGACUCAUCUAGUUUUAUAAUCUAAAGGAGGAUGACUCAUCUGCUGACAGCAAACACCCAUAACGUCCUCACCUUCAUGCCCGAGAAGGAGGCAAAUGAAGAUAACAUGUUUCUUACAAAACAGACAACUCUUUAACUUAUGGUUUAAAAUUGGAGCCAAAGAAAUUCAUGUUCAUGUUCACUGUAUAUACAAAAGCUGUUAAGCUACUUUAAAAACUGCAUUGAUGCGUUAAUAACGCUCAUCUGCUAAAUCGCUGAAUGUAAAUGUUACACAGUGUGCUGAACAAAUUAUUGUGUGCUGAAAUUAUUUUAUUACACUUCCUUUUCAGAUUACGUCACAUUUUCAGUGUUUUAUUGCACCUCAACUGAAGUAAAUGUGAAAGUGAGAACACUGACGGGGGUGUGUACAGCGAUACCUUUAAUCUGCGGAUUUCUGAAAACAGCUCAUCAAUAAAUUAAACACAAACAUGAGUCACAAGAAA